GCUGCUCCAACAACGACAACAGCUGGAGCCCUUCAGUGUCAAACCUGCACAGAUCAGACAUGUUCAACCACAGUAGCAAAUACAUGUUCUUCAGAGACCAUGUGUGUUACAGCUACUAUUUUAGCUACCUCAUCUGGAACUACGGCAACACAAAUCUACAAGGCAUGUGCAUCUUCCUCCCUGUGUCCAACUACGGGCUCUCAGACAUUUGCAGUUGACCUGGGUGUUCAAAGUGCUCUUGCAUCUGUCACGUGCUGCAACACGGAUAACUGCAACUCAGCAACUCUGGCUGCCCCUACUCCUCAGUCAAGUAACGGCCUACUAUGUAACUAUUGUUCCACCUCUCAGUGCAACACACCAUUGCAAUGUCAGGGAGUGGAGGACCAAUGUUUUCAAUCAAUAAUGAACGAUGGCACCAAGGAUUUUCCAGCUUACGGCUGUGCAUCCAGCAACCUGUGUGCAGCUGCUUCAAGCCUGGGUUCUCUACCUUUCAUGCAGAGUGUUGGUACCAUCAAGAGUGGACCAACCUGCAAUUUACCUACAACGACUCUGGAGCCCUUCAGUGUCAAACCUGCACAGAUCAGACAUGUUCAACCACAGUAG